AUGUCUAGCCAGAAGAUAGCGAUCAUCUCGGUCUACGACAAGACGGGCUUACUUGACCUGGCUAAGGGCCUGAUCAAGCAAAAUGUUCGCCUUCUUGCUUCAGGAGGGACGGCGAAGAUGAUUAGAGAGUCAGGAUUUGCUGUCGAGGAUGUCUCUGCCAUCACGCACGCACCCGAGAUGCUGGCUGGCCGAGUGAAGACGUUACACCCAGCAGUCCACGCCGGUAUCCUCGCACGCAACCUUGCCUCCGAUGAGAAAGACCUUGCCGAGCAAAAUAUCAACAAGGUCGACUACGUCAUCUGCAAUUUGUACCCAUUCAAAGACACAGUGGCCAAGAUCAAUGUCCAGAUCCCCGAGGCUGUGGAGGAGAUUGACAUUGGAGGAGUUACGCUGAUCCGAGCCGCUGCGAAGAACCACGCCCGAGUCACCAUCUUGAGUGAUCCUGUGGACUACCCAGAAUUCCUACAGGAGUUGGAGAAGGGGGAGGUAACGGAGCGCAGCAGAAACCUAUAUGCUUUGAAGGCAUUCGAGCAUACCGCAGACUAUGAUGCAUCGAUCUCCGACUUCUUUCGCAAGCAAUAUGCAGGCGAAGGAGUUCAGCAAUUGGCACUCCGCUAUGGAGCAAACCCGCAUCAAAAGCCUGCUGCGGCAUUUUCCAGACUCGGACCACUUCCAUUCAAGGUUCUCUGCGGAUCGCCUGGUUAUAUCAACCUGCUUGACGCUUUGAACGCAUGGCCCUUGGUCAAGGAGCUGAAGGCUGCUCUGGGGAAACCCGCCGCCGCAAGCUUCAAGCACGUCUCUCCUGCUGGAGCUGCGAUCGCUGUACCUCUGACUGCGGAUGAGAAGAAGGUGUACAUGGUCGACGAUAUUGCCGGCCUAGACGACUCACCUCUGGCACAAGCCUAUGCACGUGCUAGAGGCGCUGAUCGCAUGAGCAGCUUCGGUGACAUGAUUGCCCUGAGUGACGUUGUCGAUGUCCCUACCGCCAAGAUCAUCUCUAGAGAAGUAUCUGAUGGCGUUAUCGCUGCUGGGUAUGAGGCUGAGGCUCUCGAGAUUUUGAAGAAGAAGAAAGGAGGAAAAUAUCUUGUUCUUCAGAUGGACCCUGAAUAUGAGCCAUCUCCUCAGGAGUCGCGGACGGUGUACGGUAUCACGAUGACCCAGCAUCGAAACGACAUCGAGAUCUCUCCCGGGUCGUUCACAACCGUCGUCGUACCUAAGAAUUCUGCUCCACUGUCAGAAUCCGCACUUCGCGAUAUGACUGUUGCCACUAUUGCGCUGAAAUACACACAGAGCAACUCAGUUUGCUAUGCUCUCAAUGGUCAAAUUGUUGGCCUCGGCGCAGGACAACAAUCCCGUAUCCACUGCACUCGUCUCGCUGGUGACAAGGCAGACAACUGGUGGCUUAGAUUCAACCCUCGAGUGCUGGGUAUCAAGUGGAAGAAGGGCACAAAGCGACCAGACAAGAGCAACGCAAUUGACCUCCUCGUCAGCGGCGAGCUACCAAAGGAUGGCCCCGAGAGAGAAGCCUACGAGGCUGCGUUUGAAGAGGUCCCUCAGGCAUUUACGGAGGAGGAGAGAGCGGAAUGGCUUGGAAAACUGACUGAUGUUGUUGUGUCGAGUGAUGCAUUCUUCCCAUUCAUCGACAAUGUCUACAGAGCCGCUCGUUCAGGCGUCAAGUACAUUGCCGCUCCAAGUGGCAGCCAGAACGACUCUGCCGUUUUCGAGACCGCUGAGAACUUGGGCAUCACCUUCGUUGAGCAGCGGAUCCGUCUCUUCCAUCACUAG